AGAAAGGGACAGACGGGCAGAGACAGUCAGGCGUUCGCUCCCAACCACGGAGGUCGCAAUGCCAACCUGGAGAAAGCACCAUCAGAUCCUACAGGAAGAAGGCGAUAGUCCGCCAACCGAUCUGUUCAGGGAGAUGUCCUCGUCCAGCUCCCUCAACACUAUCCGCAUGUCCCUGAGGAAGAGGCUGCCUCUUGGGCAGGUGGACUUUAACGUCGACCACACCCCGAGUUGGGAGAGUCUGGAGCUCACCAAGAAACCUAAUGCUUUACAAACUAUAGGUCGGACUGCGAGGAACACAUGGGGCAACGUCUCCCUGAAACUGCAGAAAAGACGACAAAGUCGCAGUGAGUGCCUGGUCAUCACUCCUUCAAAGCCUCAAACACCUCGGAGACGCAGCAAGGGAUCGGCAUCAAAGAAAGGCACUCCAUCAAGAUCCCAUUACAGCAGGGAGGGGAGAACCAGUACCACACCAUCUAGCAUGAAUCACACUCCCAAGUGGACUGAAGUUGCUCGGCUGCUCGAACAGGAUGGGCUUCCUCUACGAAGAUCAGUUAGGUCUGCUGCAUUGAAGAGUCCCUAUGCCUCACCUACUGGAAUUAGUAGGAGAAGGCAGUUCGAUCGUGAUCUGGAAUCGGUGUCUUUUGGAAUUAGACAAUUAAAGCGCCUGUCCCAGGUAUUUGAUGAAGCCAUCACCAAGGAGGAAAGGAAACAGGCAAUUGAAAAUUAUCAUCAUAUCAUGUCAGAAAACAUGCAUCUGUCUAAGAUUCAGGCUCAAAAAAUGUUGGCUUCAUCCAUUAGAAUAAAAGCAAAAAAGCUUCGCUCAACCAUAAACAGCUGGGCAGAUGAGGCUUUGUCAAGCAUUGCAGAGCAGGGAAAGGGCUUGAAUUGAACAAAGAUUGUCUUCUAUGGCUUUCACUUGGCAAUCUGCCUAGAGUGUUACCAAAUACAUGCUGGUUUAGCCUCACUGGUUUUGUCUGCUUUGUAUUUUUUUUUCUUGUUCUAUAAUUCUAAACAUGAAUACAAUUUGCAAAAUUACAUGGACACCUACAGUAACUUUAUUAUGAUGACUGUAUCAUAAUGACAGUUGCUACUUUUGGUUUCACCUGCAAGUACUUUGAAUUUUACUGCAGGGUAAAGCAUUUAUUCUCCAGUACUUGAGCAAAAUUAGUUUGUUCUCCAUUCAUAAUCAUUCUAGGUGAAGUAUUAUCUGCCCCUGGUUUGGGAUUCUAUUCAACUAAAUUAAAACUACUCACUCCAUUCAGGAUUAAAAGUUUUGAGAAAAUGCUGCUGGAGUUAACCAGUGGUGUACACAGUGGCUUAUAAACCAGCUCACUUCUGUUCUAGCAGCAGUUAGUGUAAAGGGGAUGGGUAAAUGUUUUCUAGAGAUCCAAUUGCCCCUUUUUAUUAACUUAAUUUCUAAACAAUAUAUUGUGUAAAUGUCGUUUCUCAGUUGCUUAAACUAUUUUUAAAACAUCAGAAAACUUUGUGCAUGAAAAUGAUUGUGAAUUUGUCUUGUAGCAGUAUGAGUUUCAAAAGGUUACUUAUGAUUAAUAUACUUUAAAAAUUGAUCACUGCAUGAAGGGAACAAUUUUGUUUUUGGCAGGGACACUGAAAUUUUUUAAAGCUAAUUAUAAAGCACAAUUUAAAAUGGGAUCAUUAAAAUUACAGACCGGAGAAUUUACCAAUUAAGUGUUAGCAAAGAAUGUUUAGAAUUUUAUUUCUUUUUACAUUGUGUUGUUUGAUCAAGUAUUAUGGAUCAAAUUCCUUUAACCAAAUAAAUGCCAUUUUAUAUUUGUAUUUUAGCAUGUUUCUUAAAUUGGCACAAAUUAUAGUUAAACCAAUAAGAUGCUGCAUGUAAUUUGCCAAGUGCUGAGGAUAGGUACUGUGUUAAGAGUGAGUGUAUAUUUGUGUUGU